ACAGUGAGCUUUUAACAGCCCGCAGUUUCCGUCGCUGUUGAUUAAAGCAUCUGGCGCACAGGACUGACCAAACUUUGUGAACGUGUUUUCAUAUAACACACCUGUAAAUUAGGUGGAGAUGGCUGGCGGCUGUGAGAAUGACGACAUGUUUGAUAGCAUCAUCAUGGCGGAGGAGAGGUUCCGCGGGGACGGUUACCGGGAGGGGUUCGAGAGGGGGACCCGCAGAGGGCUGCAGGACGGCCGCAGACACGGGGCCUCUCAUGGGGCCAAACUGUCCACUGAGAUUUCCUUCUAUUACGGGUUCGCCGUCACAUGGAAAUGUCUCCUUCAACACAAUACAGAUGUCAAAUCAAGGAAGCGUGUAAAAACACUGGAGGCUCUCCUGGGUUUGAUCCAAAACUCGUCCUAUGAUGAUCCACAUUCUCCAAAGCUGCAGGAGGACAUGGACAAGCUUCGUGCCAAGUUUAGACAGGUCUGCUCUAUGCUGAGCGUCCCCACUGACUUCAAGGAUUACGUCAAAACAUCAGGUGGCACUUCUUUCUGAAUUUCUCCUGAUGAUGAGGAGGAAGAAGAGCAGAGCCAACCCGCGUGCUCAGGACAAGAGAAUGAAGCUGUCUACUUCUGAUGACGUCAGACAGACGGCAGCUACUGAUUGGUCUGCGGUGAAUUCAUUAGAGGGUGAAGUGAAGCAGUGACUGUGUGAGUGUGAGACAAAUCUUUGCCUUUUACGUUCCGGAGGUCUGACACGUUGAAGAGUGAUCACAGCGCUGCGAGAAACGUCCACUGCUCUCGGUAAACUGUAGACACGGGAGGAGACGUCUGUAGUUGGAGCUGAGCCAAACAAGGAAGCGCUUCUGACUGUAGGAUUGACUUGUCUGAUUGACAGAACUAUCCAGAGUCCAGAAACCGGGAUGAGGAAAAAGAAACAACUGUGGUAAAAGAGUGGAUUCAUUGCAGUGAUUGAUGUGUUUAAGGGAAUUAAUUGAAAUUUAAGAAAGUAAUAAACUACAUCAACCAAAGAUGACUUAUGUUAGGAUUUACAUUAUUUACAGAACAAAGACACAACAGCAAAAUACAAAUAAAAUUCUAGAACACGA